AUGAAGCCUCAUCCAUCACUAAAGUAUUUCGUUCGCUCUAUUGAGGAGCUAGCCAGGGAGUAUGUCGUACUCCGUAAAAGCAUAAUAUCCGGCGAUGCUGAAGCCCCUCUGAGGCCACCAAUGCGCUUUCCGAGACGGGCAACUCUCCCUGACACUGGCGAUACUGAUAGCUCCUCCAGUGACGACGACGAUGACUGUGCACCUGGCGGUGGUAGUAGUGACGCUGACUCGGAGCUUUCAGACGAAGACCUGGGCAUUGUGUACGACACUUCCUUUGACUACGAGAUUGAAGACGAUGAAGAAAAAUCAAAUGCCACCUAG